AUUCUUCAUCGGGAUUAUUUUGUAGCAAACUUGUCACCGUAGUUUGAACUAAGCGCAAUAAAUAUGUAACUUUCUGAUCGAGCGUACAAGUCAUUGGAUAUGUUGGGAUAUUUUGUUAACUUGCUCAGUUACUACACUCGUUUCACUUCUACAGUUUGGACGAUCACAUGACGCAACAGGCAAAAUAUGUGGCCGUUGAAACUGCAGUGAAAAUUACGGUUACAAAUGAAAGUUAGCGACCCGAAUUCGAUGACCGCUCAUAAUUGACCCCUAACCAAACUGUCGGUUCAGUGGAUGAGCAACGGUCACUAUAUUUAAAAAAAGUGUAAAAUCAGGAAAAGCCAAACGUAGCAAAGAAAGAAGAAGAAAAACGCAAGGGGGCUGAGAAAAGUUGUUCCCAUCUCCUUUUCUUUUCUCAACUUUCUACCCGCUCCUUCAUUCCCCUACCAAAGAAUACAUAACAAUCAUUCUGCAGCCAGGAGUUCUAAGCAAGACAAGCAGCAGCAGGGCAUCCUCAUGAUCAAAGCUGUGAAGAAGCUCAAGAAGUUCUGGCCAAGAAAGAAGAGAAAGAAGAAGGCGUCGACAUAUCAACACGAUCCUUCUUACUACCACCUCAACUCCACCUGCCAUUGCUGCUACUCAUACUCCAACCCUCCCCCUCCACCACCUCCACCGCCGCCGCCACAGCCAUCAGCUCCUCCGUUGCCAGCAUGGCUCGAGACUUCUCCUCUUAUGCAACAGCAAAACGUUCCCCAGUUCUCGUAUCAAACCCAUACCAGCUGCUUCACGUCUGAAGAGAUCACAGUGGAAGCAAGUCGGAGUUGCCCCACUGAGAACACUCUUCCGUCAUCUUCUUAUCAGCAGUAUAUGGAUCCACAGCCUGUCUAUGGAGUGCCUGCUAACGUUGCGCUUGCGCAGCAGACAUCAUCAACAAAACUGGAGAGAAAGUCAGCUGGUGGUUUCUUUACUUCUGUAGCGAAGUUUGGUGCCAAUUUAUUUGGUUGCUUCCUCCCCUGUUUUCGGAUUCAGGAAGUUCACAUGAGAUGAGAGCAGAGCCAGAGGAGCUAGUUUAUUGUGUUCUGCUAUCCUUCUGCAACUCCUCUUGUUUGGUAUUAUCGUUCAUUGUACACUAGAAAGAAGCUCUUAUUUCAUAUAUGUAAUGGCAGAUGUGUACGAAAUACAGGCUAUAUAAUAAAGUUGAUUGCAAUAACAAAAUGUGGGACUCAGAGAAAGGCUCAAUCAAUACGAGAAGCAAAAUUAGCACCUAUGAAGUAUAAUUUCAAUCAGAUCAUCACUCGGUGUCCAUGGCAUAUCAUUUGACUACUACAAGUGGUUUCUGAAAGCAAAGUUGGUGCACUACCCCUAAAUUACAUAAAGACAAAGGGAAAUA